AUGAGGAAGGCGGAAGAAUCAGGAGCGACGGCGUGUCAGAUCAACUCAGAAGGCACAUUGCCCGGAUCUCGCAGCGACAAGAUCCAGCUGCGAGGCAACGAAAGCAUUGAUGAUCCGAAGGAGGCCGGUCAGGAGUCGGUGGUGGUAGAGCGCAAGGGCGACCACGCCGCCAUCUGCAAAUGGACCAUCGCGCAGUUCGGGAAAGUCAAGGCGCGCGCGCUUUGGAGCAAGUAUUUCGAAGUAGGGGGGUUCGACUGCCGGCUGCUCGUAUACCCGAAAGGCGAUUCGCAGGCUUUGCCGGGGUACAUAUCGAUUUAUUUGCAGCUGACGGACCCGCGCGGGACAGCUAGUAGCAAGUGGGAUUGCUUCGCGAGCUACCGGCUUUGCGUGGUGAACGUGAAAGAUGACAGCAAGACGGUGCAGCGGGAUUCGUGGCACCGGUUUUCAGGGAAGAAGAAGUCGCACGGGUGGUGCGACUUCACGCCGUCGUCGGUCGUGCUGGAUUCCCGCGCGGGGUUUCUGAUGACUGACGCGGUGCUUAUAACGGCGGAGAUUCUCAUUCUUAACGAGUCCGUGUCGUUCUCGCGCGACAACGAGGUGCUCGCGUCGUCGAUUACUCCCGCUACCGGGGAGGUUGUUAGCGGGAAAUUCUCGUGGAAAGUUCACAACUUCUCGCUGUUUAAGGAAAUGAUUAAGACGCAGAAGAUCAUGAGUCCCGUGUUUCCUGCUGGGGAUUGCAACCUCCGUCUGAGCGUCUACCAGUCGUCCGUCAACAACGUCGAUUACCUCUCCAUGUGCCUCGAGAGUAAAGACGUCGAUAAAUCGUCCGGCCCGGAGCGCAGCUGCUGGUGCCUGUUCCGCAUGUCGGUGCUGAACCAACGGCCGGGAUCGAACCACGUGCACAGGGACUCGUACGGCCGAUUCGCAGCGGACAACAAGAGCGGAGACAACACGAGCCUGGGGUGGAACGAUUACAUGCGCAUGGCGGAUUUCGUCUCCGCUACCGCGGGGUAUUUGGUGGACGAUACGGCGGUGUUCAGCGCGUCGUUCCACGUCAUCAAGGAGUCGAGCACGUUCUCCAAGAACCCGUCGCUGCCGGGCGGGCGCGGCAGCAACGUGAAGAAGGGCGACGGGUACUUCGGGAAAUUCGUGUGGCGGAUCGAUAACUUCACGCGGCUGAAGGACCUGCUGAAGAAGCGCAAGAUCACGGGGCUGUGCAUUAAGAGCAAGCGGUUCCAGGUCGGCGGGCGCGACUGCCGCCUCAUUGUUUACCCGCGAGGUACGGUUGCGCUGCGCGUGCGGUGUGCACUGCUUGUGAGGAGUGCACUAGCUGUGAGGUAUACACUAGUCGUGGUAGGGUCUUGUCGGGUGAAGUUUCCUGUGCCGAAUUUCGCUUUGCUGUUCUCCGCGUUUACGUACAUUUCCCCCCUCCCCAAUUCUGCGUUCGUCGCGCCGUCUCUUCCGCCGUUUUCUCGCACUUUUAUCGCUUUUCACCAGCUCACUACGACCCUCCCGUCCCUUUCCGUCGCCGCCUUUCUCGCCUUGCCCGCCGCUUCUGUUCCCUUCCCCCUGUUCCCCGUCCGCCAUGCACCGAAUUCCACCCGCCCAGACCAGACGCAGCCGCCGUGCCACCUAUCGAUGUUCCUUGAAGUCACGGAUUUGCACGUGCCCUCUGCCCUACCCGAAGUUACUCCCGUAUCCCUCCUUAUCCCCCCAUUUCCCCCUACUUCCCCGCUGUUUCCCCCAUAUCCCUCCGACCACACCCGCGCAGGCCAGUCGCAGCCGCCGUGCCACCUGUCCAUGUUCCUCGAGGUCACGGACUCGCGCGUGCCAGCAGCCGACUGGAGCUGCUUCGUGAGCCAUCGCCUCUCCGUCGUCAACCAGCGGCAGGAGGACCGGUGCGUCGCCAAGGAGUCGCAGAACCGCUACAGCAAGGCCGCGAAAGACUGGGGCUGGCGCGAGUUCGUUACCCUCACCUCGCUCUUCGACCUAGACUCGGGGUUCCUUGUAUCGGAUACUGUGGUGUUCUCCGCGGAGGUGCUUAUACUGAAGGAGUCGUCGUUUCUGUUCGAGUAUACAGACGAGGGGGCGGCGUCCCCCGCGGGGCUGGUGGGGAUAGGGGGCGCGGGGACGGCGCAGCUGAUUGCGGGGGGCGCCAUGGACGUGACAGGCGCGAAUAAGAUCGCCAAGCGCGGCGUGUUCACGUGGAAGGUGGAGAAUUUUCUGGCGUUCAAGGAGAUCAUGGAGACGCGCAAGAUCUUCAGCAAGUUCUUCUCCGCUGGCGGCUGUGAUCUCCGCAUUGGCGUGUACGAGUCGUUUGACACGCUGUGCAUCUACCUGGAGAGCGAUCAGGCGAUGGCGGGAGCAGGGCCGUCCACAGCCACCACCAUGGCCGCGACGGACAUGGACAAGAACUUCUGGGUGCGCUACAAGAUCGGCAUCGUCAACCAGAAGGCCGCGGAGGCGAGCGUGUGGAAGGAGGCGAGUGUGUGCACGCGCACGUGGAACAACAGCGUGCUGCAGCUCAUGAAGGUCGCGGAGCUGCUGGACCCGGAGGGCGGGUUUCUCGUGCGCGACACGGUUGUUUUCGUGUGCGAUAUCCUCGACUGCUGCCCCUGGUUCGAGUUCUCGGACCUCGAGGGGAUUGUGGGGCAGGGGGUAGUGGGGGGCACGCGCACGUGGAACAACAGCGUGCUGCAGCUCAUGAAGGUCGCGGAGCUGCUGGAUCCGGAGGGCGGGUUUCUGGUGCGGGAUACCGUGGUGGGGCGGUGGGGCUGGCAGGGGGCAGCGGGAGGGGGCAGUGGGACAGGGGGCGGUGGGGCAGGGGGGAGUGGGACAGGGGGGAGUGGUGCGCGAUACCGUGGUGUGAUGAUGUCCGACGAGGAGGAAGACGAGGAGGAGGAGGAGGACGAGGAGGAGGACGAGGAUGGGGACGGGCUCAGCACAGACGGGGAAGAGCUGUUAGAUAGUGAUGACGGGGAGGUGGGCUUGGGCGGACCAGGAGGCCCGGGGGGUGCUGGAGGGUUGGGGACCAUGCCUUCCUCCUCCUCCUCCCUUGCCCCGCCCUCCUCCGCCGGUUCUGCUGCCGCCGUGGCGGCUUCUGCUGCUGCCUCUGAUGCUGCGUCUGCCGCUGCUUCUGGUGGUGGUGGUGGGGGGUCGUCUGGGGCUGUGACGGGAGGGGCACCGGCGGGGGCGGCGGGGGGUUUGAUGGGGGACGAGGAGGAUAUUUUCCGCUCGCUGCUGGUGCGCGCAGGGUUCCAUCUGAGCUACGGGGACAGCUCCCCCCUGCUGCUGGAUCCCACGCAGCUGCAGGUGACGCUGCGGGAGAAGCUACUCAUGGAUGCGGGCGCAGUGGCCACCUUCCUGGGCGGCCUGCGCACCUACCUGGACGACCCUACUAAGAUCAAGCGCCUCUUCCUCCCCCCCGCGCAGCCCGCCUCCGCCUCUGCUUCCGCUUCCGCCCCGGCCGGCGCGUCUGGCGCGGGGGGAAGAGGCGGGUAUGGCAAGGGAGGGAGGGGCGGGCAGCAGCGAGGGCAGAACCAGGGCCGGGGGGGACAGGAGCAGGGGGGAGCGCAGGGGCAGGGGCAGGCGCAGGGGCAGGGGGGAGCACAGGGCCAGGGGCAGGGGGAGGGGGAGCAUCCGUCGCUGGUGAAUCUGCUGAUGGGGGUGAAGGUGCUGCAGCAGGCCAUAGUGGACUUGCUUUUGGAUAUCAUGGUCGAGUGCUGUCAGCAGCGCGCACCCUCCCAGAGCGAUGCAGACACAGGCCGCCUCUUUGGCACAGGUGAGGAGUUGGGAGUGGUGAGGAGUGGUGAGGUUAGUAGACUUGCUGCUGGAUAUCAUGUAGACUUGCUGCUGGAUAUCAUGGUGGAGUGCUGCCAGCAGCGCGCGCCCUCCCAGGGCGACGCAGACGCUGGCCGUCUCUUUGGCACAGACGACACUGCAACCUCCCUCCCCACUCUUCCAGUCCCCAUCCCUUCCGCCACCACGCCUCCGCUCGCCCCGUCCGCCUGCACCCCUCCGCCAUCCCUCCCCGCGUCAGCCCCCCCUUCCGCCCCCGCCACCCGCGAGGGGAAGCGCGGGGGCGGCGGGGGCGCGGGUGGCGCGUCAGGGGGGCGGAGAGACGCCGCGGAUUCCGCCUUCCAGGAGCUGUCAGUGGCGCAAAGGCUAGAGCAGGGGCACGGGGGAGCGGGGGGAUCCGACGCGGCCGUGCAGAGCAGCAGCUAUGGCAGCGGAUACGGGGUUAAUGGGGGUGGGGGGGGACGGCGGGGCGGAAGCAGCACAAGCAGUGGGGGAGGAGGGAAGGGAGCGAGCGCGGGGGCAGCAGGGGGCGUGUUGGGAUCAGGGGGGAGUGGCAGCAGCAGCAGUAGUAGUGGGGUUGUGACGGGGAGUGGUGCUGGGGAAGGGUUUGGCGCGCAGGUGGGGGGGAAGGGCGCGGGGGGGAGGGUGAAUGCAGUGGUGGAGGGGGAGAGCAGCAGUAGUGGUCCAAUUUUCCUUCCAUCCCUCCCCCUUUCUCCCAUUCUCCACUCCUCCUCUCUCCCUCUCCGCCCUCCCUCUCAUCCAUCCCUCUCCCUCCAAAGAAUAAUCAAAGUAGUCGAUGCGCUCUGUAUCUUUGAAGUCACCGUUUUCCACUCUCUCUCACUCCUGCCCACUCUCACUCGCCCCUCUCCCCUUCGCUCCCCUUCCCCGCAGAUCAAAUGGCCCGAAAAGGCGGACAAGCUACAGAACAUUAUAAUCAAAUGGCCGGAGCAGGCAGACGAGCUGCUGGGCAUCAUAGUCGACUCGCUCCGCGCCCUCGAAACCGCCGUGCCGCAAGCCCAGGCCUACCCAUACCCCGACCCGCCGCUGCGGCGCCGCCCGCACUCCGCCCGCAAGGUGGCGAUGGUGCUGGAGCACGCGCCCCGGGCCUUCCAAGCCGAGAUCCUAGGCUUGGUGCCGAGGCUGGUGGAUGUGGAGGAGCAUGGCGAGGCUGCAGCGGCGCUGCUGCAGCGACUGAGACAGCCCAAUGCCGAGCCCAUGAUGCAGCUGCCGGUGGUGGGAGCGCUGGUGCAGAUGGAGUUAGACCCGCUCACCUGGUCGCUGGUACUCGAGGAGGCGGUGCUGCUGCUGCCACACACCACCGACGAUGCCCUUGCUGCGGCUCUCAGCUUCGUGCUUAAAGCUGCCGCCGAGUGCCAGCAGCUCGCCCCUGCUGUGCGGGCAGUGCGGGAGCGGCUGCAGCAGCUGGGUCCCGCCGUCUCCCCGCGCGUACUCCACGCCCUCCGAGCCUCUGUAGUGGCCCGCGAAGACAUAGCCAUGGCCAUGCUGAGAGACAUAGACGCCGACACGCGCCCCUUCAACCCACACCUCCUCUCCUCCGCAAUGGCUGCGGCAGCCGCGUCCCUCCCCUCGCUGCUGCCCAUGGCCCAGAUGGCGUCUAUGGGGCAGAUAGACCUCUCUCACUUGCAGCACUCGCUCACGCCUGAAGCUCUAGAGAGUCUCGCUGCGUUUGCCUCGGCCUCGGCUAACAGUGGGACUGCUGCGGCUGCUGCGGCGGCGGUGGCGGCUGCAGCAGCUGGAGGGGGGAGUGCCGGGGUGAUGGCGAGCGGGGGCGGUGGUGGUGGAGUUGGAGGUGGGGUGGCAGGGGCAGGGGGUAGCGCUUCUGCUGGGGUGUCCGCGGGGGGAUCUCCUGGGGGCGCGUUUACCAGCAGCGCUGCUGGUGGGGUUGCAAAUUCUCUGACCGCGUUCUCCCCCUACUCCUCCUCCCCCGCCCCGGCGCUCCCCUCGUCUUCUCCUGCAGCUGCCGCGGCAGCAGCAGAGCUCCAGCUGGCAGCAGCACAGCAGGCUGCUGUCAUGGCAGCAGCAGCCGCCGCCUGCUGGCGUGUCGCUGACGUGGACAUGCUGAUGGAGAUGCUGACGCUGCCACGUCUGCGCGGGAACGCGCAGGCGGUGUUUGAGCGGGCGGUGGCGCGAGGGGCGUUUGGGGAGCAGGCGAUGGUGAUGGUGCUGGAGAGGCGCCGGUCUCAGCAUCUUGCCUCGCUGUCUGCUGCAUCGGCGGGAGGAGGGAUGGACGGGAUGAAUGGGAGUGGCAUGGCGGCGGGUGCUGCUGGGUUGCCGGCCCUGACGGGAUCAACGACGGGUGGGAGUGAGGUAGGGGGGGAUGAGCAGCAGCAGCAGCAGCAGCAGCAGCAUCAGCAGCAGCAGCAGCAACAGCAGCAGCAGCCGCAACCCCAGCAGCAGCAGCAGAGGCAGCAGCAGGGGAAGCAGCAGCCGGCGCAGCAGCUUUCUCGAAAGAAAAGGCGACAGCAGCAGCAGCAGCAACAGCAGCAGCAACAGCAACAACAGCAACAGCAGCAGGAACAGCAUGAGCGGUGUCUCGAGCCCUGCAGCUCCACUUGCACCGCCGGAGCAGCAGCCGCCGCCGCAGCAGCAGCAGCAGGGGCAACCAUCACCCCGUCCUCUUCCCCCGCCCUCGACCCCUCUGGAAACGCCCUUGUCCCGUCCAGCUCCUCAGGGCUAGGCACCGGCCUGGAAGACACGGAUUUCCCCACAGUGAUCGGGCUCGCAGAGGCGCUGGCGAUGAGUGAGGAGCAGCGCGUGCGGGAGUUUGUGGGCACGCUGUAUGCGGUGCUGUACAAGGUGUAUGGGGACGCAGGGCGCAGGGAGAGGAUAUUGAGAGGGCUUGUGGCGCGAGUGACGAGCUGCCAGCGAGGCGCGCCGGAAGGGGAGCUUGUGCGGGUGGUGCCGGAAGGGCAGCUGGGUCUUGACGACCUCUUGUUCCUCGCGCAAGAGGAGGGGGUGGCGCGGCCAGUGCUGUCUCUCAUGCGCGAGGCGGCUGACGUGGCGGUGCAGGAGAGGGCAGUAGUGUGGCAGCAGCUGCAGGCCACGGAGGGGGAGUUGCGGGCGGCAAGGGCGGAAGGGCAGGGGCAGGUGGAGCGGCACGGGCGGGAGAAGGCGAGCCUGCAGCAGAAGCUGAGCGAGGCUGAGGCGUCUGUGGGGAAGCUCAAGGCUGAGCUGAAGGCUGAAGCAGAGAAGGGGGCGAAGGAGAGGCGCGAAGCGGUGGAGAGAGUGAGGGAGAUGGAGGGCGCGGUGGAGUGGGCCAAGGCGGAGAAGGACGACGCGGUGAGCAAGCUGGCGGGGGAGAAGCGCCAGCUGGCGGAGCGGCUGAGGGAGAGCGAAUCGCAGCUCACGCAGCUCAAGUCGCGCAAGCGGGAGGAGCUCAAGAAAGUGGUGAAGGAGAAGAACGCCCUGGCAGAGCGCCUCAAGGCAGCAGAGCAGGCGAGGAAGCGGUUCGACGAGGAGGUCAAGCGCUUUGCCACGGAAACCGUGUCUCGCGACGAGGCUCGGCAGUCCCUGGAGGAGGAGGUUCGGCGGCUGACGCAGACGGUGGGGCAGACGGAGGGGGGCCUGCGCGAGAAGGAGGAGCAGGUGCAGCGAUACGAGGCAUACAUUGAUGGCAUGGAGGCAAAGCUGCAUGCCCACCAGGAUUAUAUCCAAACCCUGGAGGCAUCUCUUCAGGAGGAGAUGUCUCGGCACGCGCCGCUGUAUGGCUCUGCAGCAGCGUCAGCCUCACAAUCUCUCCUCGUUGCGCCUGCCCUGGGUGCUCUCUAUCUCUCCAACCGUCCCACACCCUCGCACCCCGGGGCCAUGCCCUCUUUACCCAUGCCUGCUGCUGGCUUGGCCGGACCAGGUGUUGCCGGCCCUGCUGUGGCUGGGGUUCCAGGCAUGGGGCCCGGGAUGGGAGCGGGAGUUGCUGCUGCUGCUGGAGUGGGAAUGGGCAUUCGGCCUGUUCAUCCUGCAAACGGCUUGCCGCCGCAUGCGCUGAGUCAUCCGGCCAGCGGUCUGACUCAUCAUGCUGCGGUGGCUUCUGCUGUUCCUGGUAGCAGAGUGCCUGCUGUGGCCUCGGCCAAUAGCAGUCUGCCUUCCACCAGUGGGCCGCAGACGAAUGGGCCGUUGGGUCCUUGGUUUGCUUCUCAUUAG